GCUUAUUCGCCCAUGGGUCCGGUCCGCACCCCUUCGCCUGCUGUGCUGGGGGCCGUGGAGGCCGCAGCCAUGGGGUUGGGAGAGGGGUCCCUGGCUCCCAGAGUCGGUUGUCUCCCGCCCUCUGGACUUGGGGUCCGGCUCCUGCAGCUGCCUCGGGGUGGUGCCGACUCUCGUGUCGGUCGGGCCGCUGGUUCCAAGCGAGACCUGGAAGGUGAGGGAGGCGGGGCGGGCCACGCUGCUGGCUGGUCGGAAGCUCUGUCGGCAGCUGUGACCGCGCUCCGCGCAGGCGGGCUGGUCGCCGUCCCCACGGACACACUGUACGGCGUGGCCUGCUCGGCCUGCUGCUCCGCGGCCCUCGGGGCGGUGUACAGUCUCAAGGGCCGCUGCCAGACCAAGCCGCUGGCCGUGUGCCUGGGCCGCGUGGCGGACAUCUACAGGUAUUGCCGGGUGAGGGUCCCCCGAGAGCUACUGGAGGACCUGCUGCCUGGUCCUGUGACCCUGGUAAUGGAACGCUCAGGAGAGCUCAACAAGGACCUGAACCCUUUCACCCCACUUGUAGGUAUUCGGAUACCUGAUCACGCCUUCAUGAGAGAGUUGGCUCAGACUUUCUCAGGACCCCUGGCCCUCACCAGUGCCAACAUUAGCUCACAGCCAAGUUCAUUGAAUGUUAAGGAGUUCCAGGAUCUCUGGCCUCAGUUGUCCUUAGUCAUUGAUGGGGGACCAAUCGGAGAUGCAAAAAGUCCUGAAUGUCGACUUGGAUCCACUGUGGUAGACUUGUCGGUGCCUGGAAAGUACAGAAUUAUUCGACCAGGCUGUGCAUUGACACAGACUUCAGCCAUUCUCCAGAAGAAGUACGGCUUGGUCCCCUCAGAAGAGCCAUGUUCAUGAAAAGGGAGGAGGAGAUUACAAGGACAAGCUUGGCACUAUGUGUCUGUUAUUUAGUGUGACCUUGUUUAAUGAGGUCAUUGGGCCACUUCUAUGGACUUCACCUCUUCAGGUCUUGGAGAUUACAAGGGAACCUUGGACUGUAUUUAUCUGAAUUUAUAUAGACUGAUUCUUUCCAUUGUUUUGAUGGAAAAAGAGACAUGAUUACAUUCAGUGUUUGUUUUAUAAGUUCCUGAGGAUAGUCUUGUUCUGACGUUGGAAUGAGUGGUUUGCUUUUAAAGAAAUGGUCUAAGCACUUGCUUCUCUUUCCUCCAAAGGUUUGAGAUCUGGAGAGCAGGGGCUUGUCACUGUUAACAUUAGUACCAAAUGACCAAAGUCCUGGGGGUGGGGGAGGUGGGGGGCACGGUUUUCUACUAGGGUUGGAACUAGAAGAAAAUAAAAAAUUGGUUAUUACUUCUUGGGACAGUGCCUGUUUCCAGAUGACAUAAUGUUUAUAAAAUGCUUAAGAACAAGUGCCUGGCUCACUGUAGGCACUAUAUGAAUGUUUGUUCUCUUCCUUUCCCCCUCUUCCUCUUAUCUGCAGGGAUCAGUGGUACUAUAAAUGUCAAGGAAUCCCAUAGCAAGAUAAGAUGUGGAGUAAAACCUUACUUGUUUGACUAAUAAUCAGAAAUCAUCUGAAAUGUGACCAAUAUAAAGUUAGACUUUUUAAAAAUCAGGGUAGUUGUCAGCCUCCACUGAAGUCUCGGUGUAACUGUGCUCUUGGGGCUCCUGAAGUCAUUUUCAUCAGAGAGGAGUCUGGGAAUGUCAGUCUGGAAAGACUUGGAAUAUGGGCUUGGUGAAUGAUUGUGUCUUUGGCUUUUGCGGUAUAGCCUAACCAUUAUGUUCAGCCACCUUUUAUGAAGCACUCACUGUAUGGCAGGCACUGCUAUGUACUGGAAAUUAUGGGAAGACCAAAAAAAAAAAUCUUCCCUGGAGGAAUCUGCAUUGGGAGGUUUGCAAUGUGAAUGGAGCUAAACAAAAAGUACAAUCAAAGUAAUUUCAAGAGGGAAGGAACACUAACUAAUGUGGGGGUUUUGAUUGUGAUGGGCCUAGUGCAGGAAGUGCCAUCUGAACCAGCCUUAAUUGAAGAAGGGAGGACACUAUCUGAACCAGCCUUAAUUGAAGAAGGGAGGACACUCCCCCCCCCCCCCAUGGGGGUUAAGUGACUUGACCAGGGUCACACAGCUAUUAAGUGUCAAGUUUCUGAGGCCAGAUUUGAACUCAGGUACUCUUGAAUCCAGGGCCAGUACUUUAUCCACUGUGCCACCUAGCUGCACCCCCCCCAAGAAGGAAGCACUUUUAAGAGGUUGAGUUGAGAGUGGAGUUCGUUUCAAGUAUGAGGAAAAGCCCUUGCAAAAAAGACAUAGGCAGGACACCGUUGUGGACUGGGAACAGAAGUGAAGGAGAAUGAUAUAAAAUGAGACUUGGAACUAGGUUGUAGUGGGUUGUUUUGGGGGGUUUUUUGGUUUUGGUUUUGUUUUUUUUUUAGUGAGGCAAUUGGGAUUAAGUGACUUGCCCAGGGUCACACAGCUAGUAAGUGUUAAGUGUCUGAGGCCGGAUUUGAACUCAGGUCCUCCUGACUCCAGGGCUGGUGUUCUAUCCACUGCGCCACCUAGCUGCCCCCGUAGUGGGUUUUAAAGGCUAACCGAUGGGCCCAUAUUUGAUCAUAGAGACAAGAGGAGGCCACAAAAGAUUUGUUAAGUAGGGGGGUGAUUGGGUGAGAUCUGUUUUAGGAAUAUCAGUUUGGGAACUGUGUGGAGGAUGGAUGGAGGUGAAGGUUGGGAGACCGGUAGCAGGAACACUGAUUAUAAGGCUAUUGUAAUAUUCCAGAUGAGUUAGCAGGAGGGUCUGAACUAAGGCAAAUAGAAACAAAGGACUGAAUGAGCUCAGUGUUGUGGAGUCAGGAUUGACAAGACUGACCAGUUGAUUGGAUAGGAGGAUUGAAAACGAGGAAAGAAAUUACAGUGACUGAGGCUGGAAAAAUUCUGGCAUUUAAAGCCCUACCUAACCUGCCUGCUUCUUAUUUUUUCAGUAUUCAUAUACCUUAUUCUUUCCACAUACUCUGCAGUUCAGUGACAACUGGCCUCCUUUUUGUUCCUCAACCACAGCACUCUGUCUCUGGACUUGGGAAUUUUCACUGUCUGUUCUCCUGUGCCUGGAAUUCAUUCCCUCUUCAGCCCUGCCUCUGGGCUUCUUUCAAGGCUCUGCUGAAACCCCACCCUGUACAAGAAGCCUUUCCUAGUCCCCUUUAACCCUACCUAGUGCCUUCUGAGAGUACCUCCAAGUUGUCCUGUAUAUCCUGUUUGUGCAUGUCACCACCAUUAUACUGAAUUCCUUAAGAACAUGGUCUGGUUUUUCCCCAUCUGUAUCACCAUCAGCACAGUGUCUGGCACCUAAGUCCUUAAUAAAGGCUUGUUGAUUAACUUGA